AUGGACCAGCGUCGCUUCAACAUCGCUGAUUUGAAUUCGCAUUCGAAUUUUAAACAUGAAGACAAUCCGAAGGCUAAAAGCACCCGUAUUAUUGAUUCUGGUCGUACUGAAUAUGUAGAAGAACGGAUUUUUGUUAGCAAGCCGAACAGGGAUAAGAAGAAAUGCGAUGAAUACUAUCCGAAACAUUAUGACGACACGACAGAAGACAUUCCUCUUUUGACUGAAACGUUGAAAAAAUAUCACACUUCAUCCUGGACGCUGACUCAAUGGACGUUGACUCUUCAUCGUUUUCCUUGUGCCGCUUCUCCAAUUUCAGUGUGCCGCUUCUCCUCGGAUCGUGCAACGAACAGCGUCUGCAAUCUUCUUCCUCGGAUCCAACUCACCACCGUUUUGCGUAUGUGGAUCAAUUCUAUCCGGAACACAAUCCAACGAACAACUGGCAAUGUGUCGUCAUUUUUAACAACAAUCAUCCAGCUCCAGGUAAUUUUUAUGAAAAUUAUAGCUCCCAGAAGAACAAAUGUUGAAUUUUCAGGAAUGCGCGAUUGA